AUGUCUCAGAGUGAACCACUACCUCCAGCAUCUAGCACAGAGAAGUAUCCCAAGAUCUUCAUCAACACAGAACAGAAAACCAUGGGAAGAGUUUAUCCAUUCUCAGCCCAUGAUAACCAAGCUGCACUGCAAGAUAGCAUCAAUGUAUUUGAUGAUGGAUUAGGCCGCAAGAAGUGCCUGGACGAGCGUAGACAACAUAACUCCCACUUCUGCCUGUGCCACCAUGGAAGUGUGAGUGGCGUGGGGGAGACGAGGGGAGACUUCUCAGCCUAUCAGACAGACUACCAGGACCGCCAGGACACAGAGGGCUCCUCCACCAGCAGGCGUUUUCCCAGUAACCAUCUUGAUAGGUCCACUGUGGCAGCUGCUGCCCAGGCAGGAGAGCACUUUAUGUGGUUCGGGAGGCAUGAUGAGGUCCGUCCUGUGCCCCUUGAAGUGCUGGCAGCUACCAACUGCUCCUCCUCAUCCAAGCCGUCCAGACACUCCUACCAGAUCAGGCAUUAG